AUGGGUGCCCAAACGCCAAAGACCGCUGCCACCACUACGUCGUACGCGCCUGAUCACUGUUAUGCUUCACGGUCGGGCCCCAUGGAAGUAGAUGACAGUCAUUCUUCUGCUUCAUCAUGGCACAAUUCACUCACAGCCGCAGAAGGACAUGCAAACAAGGAAAGGGAUUGUACCGCACAGGGAACCAGGCAUGCCUGGACUGACGUCGCAUCACGGCAUGCAACCUCACCUUCGGCGAUACCAAUGUACCACUCGACUAUUCCAGAGGAGCUCGUGGGACUGCUCAGAGUCAUGAUUAGGGAACGCUCGGCUGAGAUGAUGGAAGACAAUGUGCCAUCAACCGAAGAGCUCGCGGAGCAGUUUCUAGAAGCAGUCGACACGCCACCAGUCACCAAACAGUCAUUGAGCGAGCUCGAUAUCCAGAGCAUCAUCACCAACAUGAAAUUACGGCAUGACGUCAACUUUGACCGGGAUCUCAGCUUUAGACCAAACGUGGAUGGCAUCAAAGGGCAAGAAAAGGAACGGGCGGCUGAGAAGUACUGGACAGCGUUGAUCGCCGAGCUUGAAUUGUACAACCGACUGUUCCAAGGGACACCAGCAAUCCCGCAAGCCCGGGUUGAGGUUCUCACUCCCCACGCGCAACGGCGCAUACCACUUUUGUUUCAAACGGUCCGAGAUGUUUUAAAGAGCCUGGUUCCUGAACGCGACCAUGCAAGGGUAGAUGAGCAUCUCGAUAUCCCGAUGCUGAUGCAAGCCAUCGAGCGAGGAGUCUGUGACUUUGUUCGACUGGCGGAGUGGAUGGCACAACUACUAAAGGAGCAUUGCGCUCCGAUGCGGGAUGCCAUGGUUGAUAACAUGGUCGUCCUUAUGAAGCAAGGUGCGGCUCAACAUAGAUCUUGGAAGAUUGUCUUCGGUCUGAAGGAGCUCUUCGGCGUCUUGGAGGCUAUGAAACUUGAUGUCGCAAAUCAUCAAAUACGGAACCUGAAGACGCUCUUGAUUGAAGAUACGGUCAACUUCGAGAAGCACUAUCAUUUGGACCGACUGGUUAACGGCAGGGCGAGAGUCAACGUUAACACCGCACAACAGUGGUUCACAGAUGCAGUCGAGGCGUUCGGCCCAGAGUGCUCCCCACGACCACGGGGCGGACCGUGCUUUCAGCUUGAAGUCUUCACCCGCGCUGUCGUAGCUAUUACCUUCGGUAGAGAUGGACGGAGCGAGUUUCCCGACACCUUCUUCCUUGAUCAGGACCGACUACGGGCUCUCAAGGCUGAAGUCGGUGAUCUCGUCAUGUUUGAAGUUUGCAUGGAGAUGUACAUCGCACUGGCAAGACAAUUUGGGUACUCAGGCCAUGUAUCCCUUGCAAUCGGACAACAACUUCGUGUUGCCCUCUCCGCUAUCAUGGGUGAGGCUGCUGGUCGUGGUCCACAACAAUGGGUGGUGAACUCUGAAGCACUUUCCUUGGAGAUUAUGCGACAGGCUUCGCGUCUCGCCGGGAUAUCAUCCGACUACAGCUUCGACCGCAUGGCUGACGCCAACCAAAACCUUCGCGUCCUCUUCAUGCACAGGUCAGCUUACCAUGCAGGACGCCUCGAGGCUACUCUACUACCACAAAUUCUCGCUAAUGUCGACCGGCACGGUUCUUCAUCGCCUGUUGAUCUCUUUACCAAUCUCGUCUCCCUAUCUCCUUCAAUGCCACCCCUACCUACCCUUUCGCGACCCGGCAUCACCGAUACGUUUGCGUUCGCUCACUUACAUCCCGAGACCGCCAAGUUGGCCGACCUGGCCAACCGCAUCACGCACAUCACCCUUCUUCACUGGCGCGUGUGGGGUCCAAUCGCAUACAUUCAGGAUGACGAAUCGCAAAACGCGCGGGGGGACUCAGCCUCAAUCCCCCUGCCACGACAGCCAGCCGGCAACACCGAGCAGGAAGCUUCCGUCCCGGCAAGCAUGCGCACCGGUGAACCACUAGAACCUGGUCAAGAGCCGCAUGUGCGACACCACUCCCUCCAAUGA